CUUCCAAGCAAAUUAAUAGACAACGAACCCACAACUCUCUCCUUCGGGUUCUCUUUUGGCUUAUUUCAACUCCUUCAACCUCUCCACAUCUCUCUCUCCCCCCCUCGCCCUUCCCUCUUUUGCUAUUGUUAAGGAACAACUCUUGCAUUAUUACACAAGAUAAACAUGCUUGGGAAGAAGAUUUCCAUCAAGAAACUGGCAAAGAAGGUGAAGGUAAGGGUCUCGGACUCCGAUGAUCACCAUCACCAUGAGCUUUUGCUUGGGGAUCAGGUCGAUCAUGAUGAUCACCAGGAGGAGUCCACGAAUUCCCCCAUGGCCCCGACGGGGUUCUUCGCCGUGUAUGUGGGAGAGGAGCGCAAGAGGUUCCAGGUUCCUACGGGGUUCCUGUCCCACCCGCUGUUCAAGAUGCUGCUGGAGAAGGCCUACGACGAGUUCGGUUUUGAGCAGAGGAACGGGCUAGUGGUGCCUUGCAGCGUCGCGACAUUCCAAGAGGUCCUGAAUGCUGUGGAGUGCUGCAACGGCAGGUUUGACUUUGGCAAUCUAGUCGAGGAGUUCAUUUAGUUCGUGUUUGCACCGUGUGAGUGACGAGGAACGCACAGAAAGGAUAUGGAACAGAUUUUGUCAUAUGAAAAAGUCGAGCUCUUCAUGGCCAGUGAUUCUGGUUCCUAAGCAUGUCCAUUCUUUAGUGAUAGGUAAGGUCCGCAAAGAGGUCGAAGAAGAUUUAAUUGUACAUAUAGCCAGAAGUUUCUUCUUGAGAUAUAGAGAGAGGAUUGGACGUAGGUCUCAUGUCUUAGUCGGGCCUUAUGACAACAAAAGCUAGCUUGUCGAUCGAAUCCUCUCGAGUAAUCUUUUGAGUCACGUAGUAAAGUGUAAUUUCCAUAUGCUCAGCGCAAUGGAUGGGCUAAUUUUGAGUAGGCAAUGAAGAGUUUCAUAUUUUUCC